UGACGUCACCGCAUGACUGAGUUUUUAUGAAUGAAAGGAAUCCUGUGAGUGAGUAAUUCCGGGAAGCUCGCCUUACAACUCCGCGCGGCCCCCUGCGCUUCCCGCCCCACAACAAAACUCGGCGCGUCGCUCCCGGGAGCUGGGCUCGGAGCGACCCGCGGUCGGGACCUGAGGGGAGACUGACCAGGGCGCGGGCCGGGACAGCAGCUCGGAAGGCAGCGGGACCCGCGAGUGCCAGGGACGCCAGGCGAAGCAGGCCGAGAGGCGGGUCUCAGCCCAGAGGGCACCUUCUGCAAACAUGUCUGUGGAUCCCCUAUCCAGCAAAGCCCUGAAGAUCAAGCGCGAGCUGAGCGAGAACACGCCGCACCUGUCCGACGAGGCGCUGAUGGGGCUGUCGGUGCGCGAGCUGAACCGGCACCUGCGCGGGCUCUCAGCCGAGGAGGUGACGCGGCUCAAGCAGCGGCGCCGCACACUCAAGAACCGCGGCUACGCAGCCAGCUGCCGCGUGAAGCGCGUGUGCCAGAAAGAGGAGCUGCAGAAGCAGAAGUCGGAGCUGGAGCGCGAGGUGGACAAGCUGGCGCGCGAGAACGCCGCCAUGCGCUUGGAGCUCGACGCGCUGCGCGGCAAGUGCGAGGCGCUGCAGGGCUUCGCCCGCUCCGUGGCCGCCGCCCGCGGGCCCGCCGCGUUGGUGGCUCCGGCCAGCGUCAUCACCAUCGUCAAGUCAGCCCCGAGCCCCGGCCCCGCCCCCGGCCCGGGCCCCGCCCCCGGCCCCGCCGCCUGCUCCUAGUGGCCGCCGAGCCAAGCUCGCUCAGCCCACGCCCAUUCUCCAAACCACAGGCCCCUCUGACCCCAGCUGCCUUCCCUAAGUGCCUAAGCGCAGUCUCUGUCUCCAAGUGCCAUAUCUCUGCAGCCACCAGCCCCCGUGGUGAACACACACGUUCCCUCCCCAGAGCCUGUCUUCCUCCUGCGGCCCCUGAAACUGGGACCUAAUGGCCCUGGGGAGGGGCAACGGUGAUGAGAUAGGAGGUAGGUGGGGUCGGGGUCUGGGGUUUCCUCUGGUAGAAAAUUUCAGACUUCUUAGUUUGGGAGGAGGGGAUACAGAGCGGAUUAGAGAAGGGCCAUCGAGGGGAAGACGGCCACCCCUCAUUCUGUAACAGCUCAGCUUGUGCCAUCAGCCCCUCCCCACCCGCCAGGGAUACAGGACUAGGCUCGGCCCGGUAUGGGUCUUGUGGGGCUGUCUAGCUGGGAAGCUGAUGCUCCCGCCUCCGCCUUGCACCCGGAUGCCUGGCCUUCCAAAGCUGGAAGACUCAUUAGAAAUCACCUAGUGAAGCCCACUUAACAGAUGAGAAAACAGGCCUCUAUCGGACGUGCCCAAGGCCACAUAUGCUUAGUGGUGGAGCUGGAACCCUGUCUUCCCACGCUGCCCUGAGAUUCCAGCCAUGGUUGUCAGGGGGACAGCGGCCAGGGCCUGAACAGGUGGUGAAAGGGCCUCCGUGGCCUGGGAGAUGGCUCUCUGUGAGUCAGGUGAAAAGAAGUAGAGGGAGAGAGAAGGUGACACAGAUGGAAGAGAGGGAAGGAGCUGGCCAGGCUCAACCCUGGGCUCUCCCUGCAGCCAGGGAGCUGGCCAGCCAAAGAGAAAGGGGACCAAGGAGGUGACCACUGUGGCGGUGGGGAGAUGAGAAGACAGAUCCUAUGGUUCUGCAGCCUGGGAUAGGGGUCCUUAAAGGGAAGGGUCCCACCUGUCCACCCUGUGGGAUGGGGGCUGACCACUGCCAUUGAUCGCCAUUCUCUUGGGAAGCCCAGCCCGAGCCUUCCCCCGCCUGCCCGCCCCCAACUAUACAGCUGCUCCUCCCUGCUGUUUAUUUAUUGCACAAAUCUAAGUUAUUCUCCCCAGCCAGAGCCCAGCGCCCACUGCCCGGGAAAAGUGGUGUGUGGCCCUGAGCUGGACUUUAUAUUUUAUAUCUGCAAAUAAAUCACAUUUUAUCUUAUACUUAGGAGAAGCCGGAUGGCAAAAACAACCAAAAAAUGUUUUUUAAAAACAAUUGCCCAGCCCCCGGAAUUUAUUUAUUUUUCUGACUUACAGUAAGCGAGUUAUCCGCCUUCUGUAUUUUGUAGACUUUCUGAAUAAAGUCAAGUUCUCUUUUUCCACA